AUGCUGCUCAAGUUCAUUCGGGUGAGUGUUGGACUGUGAUGUCCGUGUCUGUCUGUGUGCUUCCAAAGUCGGAUUAUUCACGGAUUAGGAGCAUUGUUUAUCAACGAGAAUAGUGUAGUGUGCACGUCAAAUCGGAUCUUCCGUCCGGAUGGGCAAAAAUGACACUUUUUGAGUUUUGCUCCUCUUUUUGUCAUCUUCAACUUGUCCCCCACGCUUUCAAUGAAACUUUCUUCUGUCACUUUAGUAUUUCAAAGUCGGCACGAUCAAAAGCCCAAAAUUUUUAGUUACAGCGUAUUCGCGAUGUUUGAACGCUGGAACACACUUACUGUAACGAUGAUCUUUCAAGAUAUUAUGACGUUCUCUAAUGGCGUUUUGCUGCCAAACUAAUUGCAUCUUUUCCAAGUUUCCAGUCACCACAAAACUGCGAGAAUUAGGGGUAUCUGUGCAACCAGAUCCAUUUAAACAUCACAUAACAAUCACAAUCAAGCAGUCGGCUUACCGUAGGAUCACUUUCGAUGUCAAUGAUUACUGUAGUGAUCAAUUUCACGUGGUUAUUAUUAAACCGACAUGUCAAUACGUAGGCUCCACGUGCCUGUCUCCUAGCCCUUCGGCCCGCUUACUCCUCUUCAAUUGAAAACAUUCCGACGCUUCCUCUGAAGAUGGCUCCCACGAAGGCCGGCAGCAAACACUCUUUUCCCUUCUGCCACGCGUUCAUUUCCCAGACACUUGGUACCUCUUUCCAACAGUGAAAGUGCAUUGCCAACUGUUUGCCACCGGUGCUUCCCCCUACUAUCAUUCCACAACACACAGUUUCGUCCAAAGAACUGUCGGAGUGUACUCGUCGGCUUUGGCUCGUCGCGGAUUAACAGUCGAGCGGAGCCUGCCGCCCAUCGCCCCGCCCCCUUAUCAAUUUCAUUGCGGAGGCUGCGAUGCGUCUUCAAUUUUUUAAACAAAAAUGUUUCAGUACACACGUUUUCGAUAAGCUGCCAUUGUUGCGUGCCGUCUGCACCUAUCAACCUAAAUUUAUUUUCAGAAAAUAAUGACGGCAAAGGAGGACACUCUGCCGGAGAGACUGCGAUUCCACGGAGUCACCAACGUUCUCUGGAGGAAUCUCAUCGCCGAGUUCUUCGGAACUUUCCUUCUUUGUGUGCGUUCUCUCUGCUACUCUUCUUCUGAUCUUUCCAUCUUUUCAGUUUAUCGGUCUAUCCAUCGUAUUCCAAUUCCACGUGGGAGGCGGUAAAACGACGGAAUGGAUCGGAGUCAACAUCGGAUGGGGAUUCGCAAUCAUGUUCGCAGUUAUGGCCACGGCUAGGAUGUCAGGUACUCACCGUCUCCCAUAUUUUCGACCCCAUCCCGUUGCUGUUCAGGUGGUCAUCUCAACCCCGCUGUUUCCCUCCUUCUCUGGUCCAUCGGUCAUCUCAAACUUGCGUGGGUUCCUCUUUACGCCAUCGCCCAGACCGCCGGAGCUUUCGUCGCUUCUCUCGGAAUGUAUUCUUAUUACUACGGUAUCCACCUGUUUAUUCUUCGUUCAAAUGGGAAAUGUUUCAUUUCAGAGCAGUUCGAUGCUUUCGAUGGAGGCAACAGAACGAUUCUCGGCCCGAUCGGAACGGCAGUAUGCUUUUCCAGUUACCCGUCGCCGAACCUCAGUGUCUGGGGACCGUACAUCGAUCAGUGCGUCGGAACUGCAGUUCUCGCCUACUUCCUUUGCGUUGUCAUCGAUGAGAGAAACCAAAUUCCAAGGUCUGGCAUCCAAUGUUCUUCGGUUUCCUCGUGAUGAUGAUCGGAACUGGCUUCGGAAUGAACAUCGGAUACCCCAUCAACCCGGCGAGAGAUCUCGGACCGCGGCUCUUCAGUUACUUCAUCUACGGACCUGCCGUCUUCCAGUAAGAUCCAUUCUUCUCCGUUCCAAGUCUCCAUCCGUUCCUUUUCAGCUCUCCGUAUGCCAAUUACUGGCUGGCUCCUGCCAUCGCUCCGUUCGUCGGCGCUCUCGUCGGCGGUUGGUUCUAUCACUUCUCCCUCGGAAUGCACAAUCCGGAUAUCGAAGAGACCACUCAACAACCACCCAAAUCAGCAGAGCAACGCAAACUUCUAGAGGCUUAG